AAUUUUUGAUCUUCGUCAAACAUUUUUUUUAUUUUUCGUACUGCAGUCAGCAAUAAGCGUUCUUUACGAUCAGUUCGAAUCUUAAUAAAAGUAAUAAUUAUGGUCGGCAUUCGUUCAUCGUUGUUUUAUUUACUCUGUUUGGUCCUGAUUCUUCCCCCCAGCGAUUCAAACGAGUUGACUAAUUUCGAACAUCAACGAUUGAAAAAUUCACACGAACUUGGAUCAACUACUACGAAAAAUGAAGUUGGUGGCGAGGAGGAUGAAGAACAAUAUCCUUUUCAAAAAGCAUACUAUUCAUAUAAAGUGCAAUCUAAUGAGUUGUUAAAAGAUGUACGUUUAGAUCCACCAAUUGAUUAUGUAACGCCUGCAGAAUACAGCUUAGUGUUGGAACCAAUUGUUCAUUUUUGUCAAAAUGUGGAUCAGAGUAUUAUCAAGAAAUUUUCUUCGUUCGGGUCAAAAGAUAAGGUGUAUAUCAAUGUCGAUGUGGAUUUAAGAGACCAAGUGACCAAUGAAUCUACGAUUGUGUACAAACUUAAGUCGGUAAAAAAGGAUGAUUUGAAUAAGAUCGGUGGUUCUACAACUGUACUCAUCAGAAUUGUUCAAUUCUUACCUAUUCCAGAUACCGUAUUAGCGUUUGAAGAACCAAGUUAUUCCAUAAAAUUGUCAUAUGGCCACAUAGGCAAAGUUUUCAAAUUUAAGACCACGAAAACCACAAACAAAGCGAAAGAAAAAAAUACAGAUAAUUCGGUUGAUUUAGAAUUUGAAAAACAACCGGAAAACGAUGAAUAUCUUUCAAAAAACGAAUAUUCUUUCAAGGGAAAUUACUCUUUGGAAUACGUACCUGAACAACUUCUAACAAAAUUAAGAAUUACUGAUGACGGUGAAUUGGAGGUAUUAGGAAAUAUCGACGAAGGGUACUACGAUUUUGACGUCAUAGCAGUCGACUAUGGUCCUAAUUCUACRACUGUUUUAAAAGACAGGUCCAAAGUGCACGUGUUCAUUGACAAUGUAGCGGCGUGUAAUUCGUUAACGUCUCAAUUCAUAAGGGCAUUUAGUAAACAUUAUAUAACCGAAGAGACUAAACUAAUAACAGCUGUUCCGGGCACCGAAUCGAGAAGUCAAUGUAAAUUUUCGAUAUCACAUCAAUAUCCAUUCGGCGUGGGAGCGGACUUCUUCACCAUUGACGAGAUGACUGGUGCCGUUCACGUGAAAAAUCCCAUCGACAGAGAGGCGUACUCGUUCGAAGACAUGGAAGAACCGUCCGUAUACUUGAGGCUAAAGAUUCACUGUUCUCCUUURGACGAUACGCCAGCCGUUCAGCCUCUACAUUUGUCGGACGUGGACCAAAUUGUCUACGACCCAACUACGACGUUGGUACAAUUGGUCAUCGUGGACAUUAACGACAACGUGCCAGUGUUCUUCGACAAGCAUAUARUCGUCGGGUAUCCCGUGCAGGACGUGGCUAAAGAAAUUAUACCMAACCACCUCCUACAGGUCAAGGCGACAGACAAGGACGCGGGAAAACACGGAAAAAUACAAUACUCACUGAGAGGAGAUGACGCUAACGACUUUAUCAUUAACUCAGAGACAGGAACAGUAUACUGUACUAGUCUGGUAGACGACAGCACUGUGAGCAAAUCAUUUGAGGUGGUGGCCAAGGACAACGAUGGUAAAUCCGACGGAUCCGAGUCCAUGCUGGCCAUUACCGUGAAGUUCCUGACGUUUUCGGACAUCGUCAGGGUGAACGUCCGGUUCAGCACCACCGAAGACAACGCAGCCGUCGAAUCACAGCUAUCCGAAAUAUCAGGGGUUAGAGUCAUGUCACUUACCAACGACGUAAUCAACACGUUCAUAGACGGGCAGUGGCGCACCGAGAGGAUGAUGAUCGUGUAUGGGGUGAACAACUCAGAUAAUUCACUGGUGCUGGGAUCGAAUUUGGAAAAACAUUUAGGACAGAACGACAAAGUUUUGAGUAUAACUCAACUAUUCGAUAUGAGCGCCAAUAGCGAAUCAAGCACCAUGAUGUCCUUAGUGUAUGCUGCGAUGUUUUUCCUGAUGCUUUCAAUGGUAGCCGUGGGUCUGUUAUAUUUUGGAUACGUCAAGAACGGCCGUUACUUGUCAUGUAUUUCGAGUCCGUCUACGACGCCGCUGAAAGACGAUAUCGAAAACAUGAGUCAGAGCAACUGGAUUACUACUUUCAACAGAACCAACCUGACAUCCAAUAGAGUACGAUUCCCGGGAAAUAUCAACUCCGAGGCGAUGUUGUGUCGAACUAAAAUUCCGGACAACGCAACCGUAAUCGUGGAGAACAGCCUGUACGAGGCCAUACCACCAAAAGGAACUUGCAACGCCGCCGUCUUGGCCGUGAAUAAUAAUUCCUCGAUAGUUAAACUUGAUUCUAAGGUAUCCUUCGAAGACGACUUGAUAAAGUUAGAAAAAAUGGAUGGUGCGCUUUCGCCCACGGACGACAUGUCUUUUAACUAUUGAGAAUCGGACUGCCCGCGAUGGUAUAAAAACACUAUAAGACGUUCGAUAGUGGUUCCGGUUCGACGUGCACAUUUUUUUCUUAUCCGGAUAGCACUCUCCGUACACAGAUUUCUAUACACCUAUAACACCUAUUACCUAUAUAAUACCUACUGUUAAUAUGAUAAUUGUAUAUUAUGUUUAAAACACGUUUACGAGACCUUACAAUACUUUUAUAAUAUGUUUGCACAUGUUUUAGUCGUUCAAUAGUCACCUUGAAUAUUGAUAAGUCCUUGCCCAAUACUAUAUUUUAUGUUUAUAAUAUUAUAUACUCGGAAGCUCACUCAAUUUAUUAAGCGUAUAAUAUCAACGGCGUUAAAAACCGUUACACUUUUUUGCAAAUAGGAGUGGUAAUAUUUUUUCGAUGAUAUUACUAUUAUAUGAACCUGUUAUUAAAUUCAACGAUUCGCCAACUUCAAAAGUGCUUACCAAUCACCUUGUAACACAUAUUUUAUAAUACCGAUGCAGAAUUUAAUUAAGAUAAUAGCCCGUGUACACAAACACUGGUAAUACCUUUAAUGUACGUGCGUGUGUGUGUGUGCAUAGAUCAAUUUUUAAUUAUGAUUAGUUGUGUAAUUUUGAAUUUUCGAUUUACCAUGAAAAAACUGUGCUGCUCGUGGCUUGCUUUAGGGUCAAAACGUGCUCGGCUAUACUUGCAUUGUUGGCAGAAAUUAAUCUAUAUUAAAAUCCUAUUAUCAAAACGAUAGACUUGAGAACAAGUGAGUCGAAUCAUUUAAAUAUAUUGCACUGUUUUGUAUAAUUCAUUUAAGGAACGUAUAAUAAUUAAACUGAGACUAUACACCACAAUAUUUCGUAUAGUACAACUAAACUAUAAAAUGUCAUAUUACUUUAAAAUUUAUAAUAAAACUAUAAACAAACUAUUUUAUGAUUAAACUUUAUUGAUUUUGGAGAAGCUCAAUAACAUUUAGCAUUUUCAAAUUUUAAUCAUACUAUAAUCUUUUUUUAUUUUCGUAUUUUACACUUUAUAUUAUAAUAUUAGUGUGAACCUCAACUAGUUUCAAAUCAUUAUUCUUAUGCUUAGGAUGCCAUACAAAAUAAUUAAUUUCACAUCGAUCUCAAUCACAUGUGUUCACAAAAUGACUAUCAACAAAAUAUUAAAGGUUCUUUAAGUGUAACUUUAUUUUGAAAUUGCAUACAGUUAUUGAACCUAGUUUUUGUUUUUAUAUAAUUUCAAAUAUAUCAACAAUUUAACCAUGUAGUAGGCAGCAUUACGUUUGAAUAGAAAACUAUAAUUUUCCUUAAAUUUAUUCAAUUCGUUUACCUACUAACAAAAUGUCUAACACAAGUACACUUAAAAUCUAACAUUCGUCAUUUACGUGAACACUAAUCAUUUUAAAAGAGUAGUUUUUAUAUCGUAUUAUAAUUUUUCUUCUUUCAUAGAGAACAAUUUAUUCUAUGUGUAUGUAUUACCUAAGUUUUUAUAGUUAUUAUUUAAUUUAACGUUUAUAAUUUAUAAAGGUAUGCAUAAAUA